AUGCCCGGCCCGGCAAUUUCAGGGGACGCCGGUGUCCCGGAGGUGCAGGAGCCCUUGCAGGCUGCAUGCGAUUACGGUGAAGGGCUUGCCUCCGGCGGCUGGGGCUGCGCCCCAGACCCCGCUGCUCCUCUCGCUUCGCUCGAAUCGUUACGUGACGGUCGCGACCUCUCCUGCGAAGCAGGAGCAACCAGGGUCUGGGGCGGAGCCCCAGCCGCCGGAGGCAGCACCACACAGAAACUAACAGGGAGUCAGGCCGUUCCGGGUGCGGUGCAGCGGUUUAUUCUGUCGCUGUUGGGGUAUUUGCUGGUGAUAUAUCUGGUGUCGUUCCCGGUAUUUGCGAUUAUUCGGGUGGUGACAGGCGUGUCGAUUAAACGAUUGGGGUACUUCUCGGUAAGACAUGUGUCGUUUGCUGUCAGACCUGGUAUUCGCAUUUUUAUCGGCAAGGUCGGUUUGUCGUUUCACACGCCAACUGUGGCUCGACCGGGUUGGACCAGUUUGUUUGUGUCCAAUUUCGAGGUCGUGAUCGAUCCGAAAGUGGUGCUACAUCCGGAUUUCGACUUGUUUGAAAAGGACGUGGACGAGGAUGAACUGGCUGAUAGUGAAAAGAAGCCGGAUGUGGAUUUGACUCCAAAGUCGACUGGAGGGGAUGUUGUAGAUGGAGCUGCUGAGGGUCUUAAAACAGCAAGACCAGAUGGUUCAGAGGGAAAAGAUGGAGACCAAGAACAGAAUGGCAGCUCUGAGUCUGGAAAGGAAGGUGAUGAUGGGUCGAAGGGUGCGGACUCGGCUGCAGAUGGUAAACAGGAGGCCAAACAGGCUGAUAUUGACGACCCGUCGUGGUCGAUUAUCCCGCCAAAAACAGUCACUUUCUAUAUAGUGCGAUUCCUGCUCAAUUAUGCGCGGUUUUGCUCGCUGAAUAUCAACAGCGCCUCGGUGACGUAUACUGGACUGACUUCUCUGGUGAUUGGAAAUUUACAGCUGAAAGCUGAUCUGAGAAACACCAGUAGAUCAAAGAGUAACUUCAUUGGUACGUUGGAUAACACCAUGCUCAAUGACAACGAGCUGCCUGCUCACUGUAAAAUCCUGGUUGAGGACUUCUAUGUCACCAGUUUGUUACAUCCGACUGAGGAGUCGCGUGAGAUUAUCGAGUCUUUGGUGGUUGAUAUUGAUGGUAUUCUCGGCAGAAACGAUCUUUCUCUUAAGGAGCUGUCUUUUGGCUUUAAACUCGGUAAAACAACGCUGAUGAUUGACAAAGUGGCUAUGAUUCUGGCUGAGGUCAAGCGUAUUCGUCAACAAUGUACAAGAGAUUUGUUGAAACAGCGACGAGCUUCUUCACCUGGUUUACAUGCCCAGGGUGAUGAAACCUCGCCUAGAUCUCGUGCUGGUAGUCGUGUAGACAGCGGUGAUGGCAUUGGAGACUCACCACCUCCAAUAUCGCCAUCACCCUCACCACCUUUACCGGAGAAACAGCAGGUCGAUUCCCAGGGUAUUCUUAGCGAUGCCGAUAUCCGCAAUCUGACCAAGAUCGGAACCAUGUUGAUAAGAGUGGUCAAAGAAGUGGAAUUCAAAGCCACCUAUGUCGGGUUGUUUGGAAUUGCCAAUAAAGUGGAUGAGGAAAAGGAUUCUCGAUUAGGACUAGCUGUUACAGCCCGGGAUUUCUCGCUCGAUUUGAGAAGGCUUAAUCCUGAUUCGCCAGGGUUUAAACUGCUGUUCUCUCCAAGUGACAGUGCCCAUCAAGCAGUAAUGACUAUUUCAUCUAUUACUUGUGGUGUUGAUUACGGCACUUCUCAAGAAGAGUUCUUGUAUGCUCCAUUGGUGACCCUUGUGUCGAAAACGAACAUCUUUUCAAGAACAUUACGAAUCGUUCAAGACAUUGAUUUGCAGUAUAAUGAGAACAUUCUCCGUGCAAAUAUCAACAUUUCAGAUCCUACUGUUAACCUAGGUACUGAACAUGUCCCCAUGUUACUACGGGCCCUGGCUGGAUCGUCUAAGAACUCGUCCAAAUCUCAAAAGAGAAUGUCUGUUCAUAGAUCGUCUUUCCAGAGAUUGUAUCCGAGAGCUCUUAUCAAGUUCACUAUUAAUGAACCAGCAGCAAGAAUCGUGCUUGAUUCAAAGAACAAGUCUGAUAACCCAGGAAUGGUUAUAUCGAGCGCAUCCAAGGUAUAUUGCGAUUUCGAGUCCAGUCACUCCAAAGACUACGACAGUUCGAAUUACAAUGUCAAUGCAUCGUUACAAGUGUCAUCAUUUGCAACCUGGUACAGGUCUCCAGAGGGAGAGCGUCACGAUAUUAUGCUUUCAGAAAGUAUCUUCUUCAAGGUCAUGGCUACUACUCUGCCAUGUCUGUCGGUUGUAUCCACUGCUAAGCUGAGUAAUGCGCAUAUUCUUCUCACUAAGUAUGAGAUCAUUGAUAACUUACGAGAAGUGGCUAUUCACUUUAAAAAGGGAGAGCAAGAAAUGGGUAAACAGCAGCAGAACAAUGCAAAUGGCGGGUUUAUUAACGCCAGCUCCACUAAGAAGAAGAAAAAGUCACAUCCAUCGAAUAUUCUGGCCGACUUGCCUCCCUGGUGUUCCCGUAUCAAAUUUGAAGUUGCUGAUACUGCAGUCACGGUCGCAUCUGAAAAGGUUCGUCGCGAUAAUGAGGCUCUUCGUGGUUUGACUAUCAAGAUGGCCAACUCUAUUGUUGAAUAUCGAGGUCCUGCUCCUCAUACUCACCCAGAGUAUCCUCCUCGAACCAAUUCUAUCACUGGCAACACUGAUAGAACUAGUCCAUCAUCGUCAACUUCAUCCUUGCUACAGCCUGAUAAGCGACGUUUGUCUCUUGUUAUGGAUGGUAUUGAGGGCUAUAAAAUCGUCGAACCUUACGGCAUGGAACAAUCUGAAAGUACUAGAUUCCUGUCCAUUCCGACUGUGGCUGUGGCACUUGCUUCUGUCACCAAUCGAACUAGUCACCAUAAUCAUGACCACACUUCUCAGUUGCAGUUAAAUGUUGUCAUGAGACAAGCAGUGAUAUCUUAUGACAUCAAUCUCCAUUUUCUGGGAUUGGUACUGCGUGAUUUGGUGCACCAUGUAUUUGCUAUCCAACACAAGGAUAAGCCUGCACCAGCAGCAACUCCUGUGGCAACCACCAAAGAAAUUAAGAAGCCAAAAAUACUCGAUUUUGUGUCGAUACAUUUCCGAUCUGAAAACACCCGUAUCAAGGUCAAGCUUGUCAAUGAUAUCCGCACCAUGCUGGAACUUAACAGUGUUGAACUUAUUGCCAAGCCUCACUCGAAUCCGACAAUAACUGCCAAUCUUAUUCGUCUAUACGCUAUUCAUCCGCAUGUCCGAGAUGCUUGGUGCAUUGUUAUGUCACUUCGAGGCACAAAUGGUUAUUACGACCUGGAUGCUGUUGGUGAAGAACAGGACAAGGUAAUCCUGAACUUCGAUGCUAUGAGAAUGAACAUGCCUUAUCAAUUCAUUUACUACCAUAUUUUCGAUAAUAUUAUCAGUUUGGUCAAGGCUAUUCAGAAUCUUCACAAGCAAUUCGAGACAAAGAAUUAUUACCUCGUUAUCAAACCAAAGGAGAGAGAUCACAUUCCAAACAUUCCUAGGGUGCGCGUAAGAAGUCCUGCCUUUAUUAUUAGUCUUGAAGAUGAUCACUUUGAGUCAGAGUUAGGAAUGAUAUUCCAACUUGGUCUUCUUGAACAAAAGGUCAGAAUGAGCAAACAGGUUGCAUUUGAUGAGAAGAUGCAGGUUGUUUGUAAUUCUGAUCUGUAUAAAAAGAAAAAUGGCAUUGACAAAAAGGCAAAGGCCGAUGCGAAUACCGACAAGAAAGAAGAGGUUGCGAUUCCCGACGAGGUUCCAACUGUUGAUGACGGUAAUGAUACUGCCAGAGAUGAGUCUGAACUGGAUCUGAACAGUAAUAUGAAUAGUGGUAUUAACACCCCUAUCCAUACGAAUGGUACUGCUGCCAAUGGCCAUUCGCGUACAGAUAGCUUUGAUUUCAAUCCUAAAAGACCAAAGAAACACCACACCCAUCUUGGUGCUAUUGGCGGUGCGAUUGGUGGUAAUAUUGGGUCUGCAGUUGGAUCUGCUGCUCACAGUAACGCUAUGAAAUCUCUUCACAAUGCAUUCCACGUGCGUCCUAAUAGGCAUCGAAAAGCCAACUAUAAAUUGGCUGAAGCUACUGGUCCAUCUGCAAGUUGCUGUGUAUCAUUUGAGCAUGCCAAGCAAAAGCUCCUGGAGAACUUUUCAACUUCUUGGAUUCACUUGUAUAAUGAAGCGAGACGUAAUAGAGUCGAGACGGUGCGAAACAACAUUGAGAAAAUAUGGGGCAAAGAUAACACACCUCGUGAUACCGUUGCAAAUGAAAAAGUCAUUGACUACUCUGAUGAUCCAUUGCUGUUCCUCACAUACUUCAAAGGGAUGGAUUUGGUCAUCACUAAACCCAAGUUUGAUCGCGCUGGUUUGGCUCAGUACCUUCAUGACAUUGGAAAGGGUAUGCCUUUGGAUAGUAAAUUUUCUUUGCUUAUUCCAUUGUAUAUAGACCUGAAGCUGGGUGAAUUGAGCAUGGAGCUAAGAGACUAUCCUCUGCCUUUGCUUCACUUCCCUGAGCUGCAAGCGUCGCAAAACCCAAAAACAUCAGCUGUUAGUCUGUGUGGACAUUUCAUUACUGCUGAAGAACUCAGUAUCGAGCCGCAAAAUAUUAGACGAAUUAUGGUUCCUUUGAUCCCAACUGCUUCAAUCUAUUUGGAGGACGAGGAAAGUCAGAAGUAUGUUCUCGAGGUUAAUCGUACCGUGGCAUCUGUUAAGAUGUACACUGAUAUGAAUUUUGAAAUCAACUCGUUCAACCCCACGAGAAUCACUUGGGGCCAGUCGAUUCAACCAGCUCUGCAGACUGUAAUGAUGGGCUUUGAUUCUUUCAGUAAACCUCCUAUUGAUCAGUCACCUAAGCUAGGUUUCUGGGAUAAGAUCCGAGCUGUUUUCCACUCACGGAUUAAACUCAAGUGGAAUGGUGGUGAUGUUUAUUUGUUGCUCAAGGGAUCCAGAAGUCCUUAUGACCUGCUUAAAGGUGGUGCUGGAUUUGUAUUUGCUUGGAGAAAUCAGGUUUCGUUUUCUGUUAAUGGCGACGACGAUCCGAAGAAAUUUAUGGUGACCGAUAGUCAGGAAUUUGUUUGGGGAGUUCCCAGCUAUGUACACUGGGAAAGAGAAUAUUUCCGUGAAUUCAAGACUUUCAACAGAGGCACUCGUACCAAGACCAAUUACAGUGAGAUGAAUAAUUUCCAGAAGGUGAUUCUAAAGUUAUCAGGUCAAGUUCAAUGGAAGCUAGGAUUGUUAUUUGAACAGGAUCUGAUUGAUCCGAAUAGAAACCCAUCCGAUCCUGUACCACGGACAAAUAAAUUCAGACCCCACUAUGAUGUCAAACUCAGUUUACCGUCGUUCAUUUACGAUCUGAAUGGUUAUGAUGCUUAUAGGGGUUUCCGAAGUCAAUAUUUACACUUGGCUCUUAGCGUUUCGUCGGGUAAGUCGGCUAAGGCACCUGACGUUGUCUGUUAUAAUACAGCCCAUUUAUCGUCGAUGACUUUUAAGCACUUUAAAGAAUGGUGGGCAUUAUUCGACGGUUCGCUGUCUCUACCUAUACGGGCUGGCAAACUAUUCCAGCCUACUCAGUUGAUUAAGCCGAAAUUUGGACGUCAUGUUUCUUCUGUGCAGUAUAAGCUUGAGUUUUCUCCAUUAUUCGUUUGUCAUACGUAUCGACAUCCAAAUAGCGACAACCUUGAGAAAUGUACUCGAGACGCGGCCACUGGUCUUAAGGCUAAGAUUGAUAAUUUCACAAUGGAUUUACAUCAGCGAAGACAACCAGUAGGCUCGGCAGCUCAAAGAUGGCGAAUGAAGAUGAAUCUCGGAGAGCUCGAUUUCAAGGGAACAGAUUUGCGAGUUAUUUGUGCAGAGUUUAAGGAAAAAUCACCAGAAGUAUUGCUGAUGGAAAAGAACCGGGCAGAUGCUGCGUUGGCUAAUAACUCACCAGUAUCUUCUAUCACAGAUGACUCUGGUGGACCCUCUACAAUUCCUAGCUCGGGCGAGUUCAAUAUCUCAGAUAACGACUAUACCUGGAUUGACUUGGACGAUUUUUCAGAGAUGGGAGAGAUUAUUCCUGUUAAUAGUGCUCCUAAGGUAUCUGUUUUGCCUCUUAUGUACUCUCCUAGAUGGACCUAUUUCCGACAAACCGAUCAUAGUGACGAGAAAAUCGGUGUCACGAGCGAUGGCAAGUCCUAUUAUAAGUUCGGUGACACUAUGGCUCAUGAUUGUUUGAUUGGAAAGAAACAUCCAGAGGUCACGCAGGCCAAAUUGUUGAAGGCUAGACUAGACGAAAUUACUGAACAGUUGAAGACUAAUGAUGCUACUCUGGAUUCGCUACAGCGAGAUCUAGAACGAUUCCCUAACGAAACAAAGAUUAUUGCACGAAUUAAAAAGAUCUCAGAAGGAAUUGAAAAUCUCAAUAAGCGUCGUGCAGCAAUUAAAAAAGGUUUGGAAGGGUUUGACAUAUUUGAAGAUACUGGCAAAGACACACAUUCAUUGCGAUCAACCGCAUCAGAUGGUUCGUUUUUCGGACUGAACGAAAUCGCUGAUGUCAAGAGCACCAAUGUGUUCAGUAAUCGGUUUAUUAUUCAUAAUGUCCUGUUUAUUUGGAACAAUGCUAAUAGAAAUGCGGUUUAUAGAUAUGUUCACCGACUUGAAAUUAGACGACAAAUGUCAUACUAUGUGACCCGUCGCGCAGUUAAAUAUGUCGAGGAGUUGAUUGAAAGCCAAAGUGACAAGGGAGAUUUCUCAAUUCGCAAGGAAGAUGUCGAAAAGAUAUUGGAGGAGGCUUUAGGUGGUGGCCAAAAUUCGUCAGAGCAUCAUCAUGGCUUGGAUGGGGAUUCCAAAUCAAGCACAAGCCAAGACAGAAUGGAAUCGUUUAAUGAAGACCUCCAUCAUACUGCUAAAGGACUCGAUGCCACUGACACCUACUUGGUAAGACUUAUUUCACCUCAAAUUCAACUUGUUAGCGAACAGAACCCUGACCAAUGUUUGUUGAUUGCCUCGAGGAAUCUUGAGUUGAAAGUCCUCACUAUCGAAGAUACAAUGGCUGAUGAAGAUGACGAUAUGGCUCGUACGGUUGAAACUCGUUACGGUUGUAUGUUUGAUGACGCAUUAUUCUUUGUCCUGAAUAAGGAAGAAGUGUUGAGACGAUCGAUGUUCACAUUCGGCGGUACGAAUUAUGGUAGUAAGGAGAAUAAUCCAAUGUGGCCUCCUUGGUUGUCGGUUGAAUGUUGUUUUGACAGUAGGCCUCUUGAAGAUGCUUUAGUUGUCGAGCGUACGUCUGUGGCUAUUAGAUAUGAUAAACCCAAUUCGUUGUAUGUCCAGCGCUCUAGUUCAACGCCAUCUUCCAUGGAAGACUCCACGAAUAUUGAAACUUCAUUCUGUUCCAAGUACGUCCGAUCAGAAAAGAAUCGGGCCAACCGCAUAGCAGUUGAUUUCCCUCGGGUAAUUGCUAAAUGCGAUAGCGACCAGUACUUUGCAGUGUAUAGUAUUGUUGUAGAUCUAUUGGUUUAUUCAGAGCCAGUCGCCAAACAAACUACUGAACGACUAGAGCGAAUGAUGUUGACGACAGAUUUCAGAGACAUGAGCAAGGCUGCAGAACGGUUGACUCUGUUACAGAAAGAUAUAUACCGGUUAUACGAUUUGCGAGAAGAGUUCUAUAUUCGCCAUGAUGAACUGGAUGAAAAUGGUUUGUACGAUUUGCUCACUGUCGAAGUGGAAUUGAGAAAGGUGUUUAUGGAGCUAGUAGUUAUCAUGCAAGCGAUCAAGAGUGGUCUUCAAAAGCACCGCAAGAACGAUAAUCAAUACUUGAAAUGGGCGGUAGCUUCGGACGAGAUUAUUUGGCAUGCACUUGGCAAAAACCGAGAACCAUUUUUGGAUAUUGGUCUGGCAGAUGCUUCGUUCAAUAGAAUUGAAGGUUCUGACGGAUUUAAUUCAAAUACGGUUGAAGUGGGUAUGAUGCAGGGUUUCCACUUGUCUCAAAACUCACUCUACCCUGAAGUAUUUGCUCCUUUUAACAGUCCUAAAGAUGGAGCCAUACAGGAUCAGAAUGAGAAGCUAAUUUCUGUGAAAUGGACUAUGUUGGAUCCCAUUGGUGGUAUACCAAUUAUGGAGCUAUUCCAAGUAAGAUUGCAACCACUGAAAUUGCAACUCGAACAUCAGACUGGCAAGGAAAUCUUUUCAUAUGUGUUCCCGUCUAAUCGGUCUGAUAGUCCCUUCAUUGUACCCCAAAUUAAGGUUAAGGAGUCGUCUUCGAACUCGACAAUCGGAUCACUUGUCAAGCGAUCUACCGGAUUGAAUAAUAGCAAGACUAGUAGUACUUUGGUUGACAACGAUGAUACUGAUUCGCACAGUACCGCUUCUGAGAUGGAUUCUUUGAAAGAUAUACAUUACAAGAACCAUAAUCAUAGACAGUACUUGGCGAAGGACCAUGAGUCAGUACGGUCAAUGUCCACAACUGUCAGUGGUAGUACGUCUAUCCUUAAUAGCGGUGUACCUAGUGUGAGAAACACUCGAACGUCGUUUACAAGCAGUCACUCUGGCCGGCAGGGUUUAUUCAAGCAUGAUAACUCUUCUAAUACCGAUCAAAGCAUUGAAUCGGGUCAUACUGAUAGCAGUAAGAAGAAGAAGGAUAAGAAGGAAGUGGAACUGAAUGAUGUGUCUACAAUGAUAAAACGAGCAUCCAAUUACAUGAGUAUUGUUGAUAUUGAUAUUGCCAGUACAGUUCUCUGUGUCUCAUACAAGGCAAGUAUAGUUGUAUUUUUUUCUUUUGAGAGUUUAUUUGAUUGUGCGAAUACUAACUAUUUUAGGGUGCUGGAGCUCGAAACUUAA